AAGUUCAAAAUCAACAGAGAAAAAGUACACAGAUCGCUGUGACACACAUCUGCUGACACAAACAGCAGCUUUCUGUCAGAGAGACUCUGCGGCUGAAACUGUCUGUCAUCCAGCAGACAGAGAACUAGUACCAGUGUUGCUGAGAAUAAGCAGACCCUUUCAUGUGCAGGACUUGAUUUCUAGUUCUCGGACGAAUCCGUUUUAGCGCUGUGGUAACCAUGACAACUGCAGAGCAACCGAAUGGGUUAACACAUCGGAACACCAAGACCAGUCAGUCAGAUGACAACUUCAGCCAUGUUGGGAAACAUGAAGAUGAAAUGGAUAAAGAAUAUAAGAAGUGGAAAGCAUAUUCUCAGAAGGUAAAGGUGAAAAUUCUGGAGCAGAUCCAGGAUCAGCUCGGUGAGAUUCUGGACAGAGCUUUGGCCGAGUCCUUCCAACCUCCUGCUCACUUGAAUACUACAGCUAUGGGAAAGAAACUGAAUAAACAGUCUGGGUCUCAGAGGAUGGACGACGGGAAAGUGUUUGUGGCACGAGCAUCACUGCUGGAUGAACUGUUUGAGAUCAGCCACAUCCGUACCAUUUACCACAUGUUCAUAGCUGUGCUUCUCAUCUUCUGCUUGAGCACCCUCGCUGUGGACUACAUUGACCAGGGCAGGCUGGUCUUGGAGUUCGAUUUGCUGUUCUUUGCCUUCGGAAAGCUGUGGACCGUGACCUGGGUUUGGGCCGUCAUGUUCCUUUAUACUUUGUCAGUUCCCUUCUACACCCUUAUAUUUUGGGGUUCCUUGUACCACAACUCCCACUUUAAGUUGGGGCUGUCUCUGAGUACAGGGCUGAUCCUAUUUGCUGUACAGACUUGCAUACUGGGAUUGUUCCCAGUCUACAUGGUUGUGCAUCACCAGUUGCCUCCUGCCUCACGUUUUAUUGUGAUUCUGGAACAGAUUCGAUUUCUGAUGAAAGCCUACUCAUUCAUCAGAGAAGUGGUUCCAGUUAUAUUGAAGAACACACCCAAGAAGGGUGAAACUCCUAGAUUUCCAACAUUUUCCAGUUAUCUGUACUUCCUCUUCUGUCCAACACUCAUCUUCAGGGAAUCUUAUCCUCGAAACAACCAGAUUCGAUGGAAGUACGUCUUUGUCACAUUUGGAAAGAUUUUGGGAUGCCUUUUUUAUGGAUACUUUAUCCUGGUGCGUCUAUGCAUACCAGUCUUCAGGCCUGAGAUAAACCAGCCCUUCAGUAAAAGGACAAUGGUUCUUGCUGUCUUCAACUCCAUAUUACCAGGAAUUAUGCUCCUGCUGCUCUGCUUUUUUGCCUUCUUACACUGCUGGCUUAACCUCUUUGGGGAGCUGCUGCGUUUCGCUGACAGGAUGUUCUAUAAGGACUGGUGGAACUCUACGUCCUUUGCCAACUAUUAUCGCACUUGGAAUGUGGUUGUUCACGACUGGUUGUAUUACUAUGGAUACAGAGACUUCCUCUGGCUGUCAAGAAAAAGGUUCAGAGCAGCUGCCAUGCUCUCCGUGUUCAUCGUCUCUGCUGUCGUCCACGAGUACGCCUUAGCCAUGGGAUUUGGCUUCUUUUAUCCCGUCAUGUUUUGUCUCUUUGCAGUUUUUGGAGUUGCAUUCAACUUUACCAUGAACGACAAACGACAAAGUCCAGUAUUUAAUGUCAUCAUGUGGGCGUGUCUCUUUCUGGGUCAGGGAGUUCAGGUGUGUCUGUACUGCCAGGAGUGGUACGCCCAGAUACACUGUCCACGGACCGGGGAUAGUUUCUGGGAGAUUGUGCUGCCUCGAUCCUGGUCCUGCAGCUACCAGACAUGAAGCUGCCCGUCAUCAGAACAGGAGGGGUCAACAGAUAAUAAAACCACGGCGGAUUAAAAACCAAGAGGGUGGAGGGGGGAGAACAAAGGAUUCCAGGACACAAAAAUGCAACAGAAGAUGUUUUUGUUGAAAAUGUGACCUUUUUUUGUAAAUCGUGUCAUUGAGAUGUGAUGUGAGAUAGCUAGAAUUGUCAGGGGCAAGGUAAAAAAGGCUUUUUCCAUUUAUAACGUUCUUCUUAAUUAAAUACAAUGCAGGGAAAACAAAAAAAAAGUACUCUGUUUACAUACAAUGCAGAUUUUAUUGUGCUACAUAUUGUAUAUUCACCUUGAUGUAAAUUCAAAAUCAUACUUUUCCUGAUUUCUCAAAUGAAGAUGUUUUUUAAAGAAGACUUUUGUGUUGAAAUGCUUUCCUCAAAACCCUUUAUUCUAAAUAUCCUAAACUUUAAUAGGAAAUAUCUGCCUAUUAGUGCCGCCUUUCAGUUUUCCUUAUACAUUCAAAACGGAGACACCUGGAGGUCAAGAGGCAACCGUACAACAAGGAUCCGCCUCCCAAACGGCUGUCCCUCUGAACGUAUUCCAUGUUUAGUCCUGACUUGGUUGACAUUCAGCUGGCAGGAGCUUUUCUACACAGCAGAUAUGUUAACCAAUCAGCCACAAGCUGCAGCGUCUUAUCAGCAUGCCACAAAGCCUCAGCUUGUCUGCCUGCAAUGUCAUACAGGAAGAAGAGGAUUAUCUUUGACACACUAUUUGCAUUAGUGAUGUAAUGUAAACUGAUAUAGCAGAAUAUUAGAGCUCCGAGUGGGAAAAAGCAGACAGAGAUUUCAACAGAAAUGUGUUUAGCGCUGACAAUAAAAAUGAGGUUUUUACUUGUA